CUAUCUUUCCUUGCUUAGGGAAUUUCUCUCAUUAGUAAUUAAAACGAGUUGUAAACAUUCCUCUUUCCUGCAGAACUAAAGAAACAAGAUGGGUUUCUGGGGAAGGAGUAGGUUUGAGACAGAUCGAAAGAAUGUUUUAGUUACGGGAGGAUCUCAAGGCUUUGGGCUGGCCCUCGCAAAGAAGUUUGUACUUCGCGGCAGCCAUGUAACCAUUGCUGCCAGAACAGAGAGCAAACUCAAAGUUGCUGUGGAGGAACUCUCAAAAUUGAAGAUUCAUGAUGAUCAGAUCAUUCAAUACAGAAGUGUGGACUUGACGAAUUACGACGAUGUUAAAAUCAUGAUAGAUCAGCUAGAACCUUGUCCAGACCAUUUAGCUCAUUGUGCUGGUUCUUCAUAUCCCGGGUUUUUUGUCGACCUUCAUCCCGUCGUGUUUGAAAACCAAAUGCGCCAAAACUAUUUGGCUUCCGUCUACAUCACCCAUGCGCUGAUAAAAAGAAUGAAAGAUAUUUCAGUACCUUAUUCGCGAAGAAUAAUGCUAACCUCUUCCAUCCUAAGUGCUCUUCCUCUUGUAGGCUAUAAUGCAUAUAGCCCUACAAAGGCUGCUGUUCGAGCUUUAGCUGAUGGCUUACGACAAGAAUGCAUUCUCUAUGGAAUUGAGGUCUCUAUUUUCUUGCCGGCUACCAUACUUUCUCCUGGUUACGAAGAAGAAAAUAGAUUGAAGCCAUCUUUGGUAUUAGAAAUGGAAAAAUCAGACAAAGCUCAGACAUGUGAAACCGUUGCUUAUUAUUGCAUGAAAGGACUCGACAACGGAGAUUUUGCUAUCACUAAUAACUUUGUUGGAGAUAUUAUGAAAAACCAUUCUCGUACAUCCAGUCCUCACGAUAAUCCUAUCUUGGAAUUCCUCUAUUGUAUGCUUACUUUAUUUGUAUGGCCAUUUGUACGGACUCAACUAGAUCAAGAUGUGUAUAAAUAUGCUUUGCAGCAUCGUUUGAGAACAGCGGUACCCAGCCGAUCUAACUCUUUUGUCACUAUCUUGUUUAGCUGCAUACAAUUUUGCAUUUUCUAUUACCUUAUCCCACCUCUCGUGGCCAACCCGUAUGGAACCUUGUUAAGUACUCUUCCAUUAUGGUUUCUAUUGCAAACCAUCCAAACGUAUUUUCAAAGGCCUCGCGGCUAUUUCACUUUUGCUUCAAUUUUCCGUUCGAUAUGUGCUACGUCUUUGGGAAGUGUUUUAAUCGCUUUCAUUCUCUUUACUUUUGGCGCGCCAUUAGUUAAUAAUUUUCAGCUAAGUUUUCUUUGUGCUGCUACGCUUUCAGUGCUUAUAAUAUACCCUUUAACCUUUUUCUUUCAAUCUAACUACACGAGUUGGGGCCAGUUUCUUGCUUUCAAACAGUACAAAACUUUGGGUAGUUUACAAUGCCGUGCAUGGGGUCCCAUCCUUGGAGCUUGGGCAGGCGCUAUACCAAUUCCCUUGGAUUGGGAUCAACCAUGGCAAGCAUGGCCCAUCACUGUCGUUGUUGGCGCAUUUAUUGGUCAUCUAAUUGCUACGAUUUUCGGAGAGUUACUGCAGUAAUAACCUUGGAUUCAUUAAUAUUUCCAAGGAGUCAUACUUCAUAAAUUAGCCAAACGAACAGAACUUAAAUGUAGAUGUCAAAAAUUAGAUUUCAUAUAAUAAAUUAGUGUUAAUCUAUGAUAGGAAGAAAAAGAUAUAGGUAUCUACUUAACUUUGAAAUUUCUUAACAGUUUAUCUUCGCUUUCCUCCAGUGCCACGGUA